UGAUGGGAGAGAUUGCCCUCUGAGCAUCUCUCCUCUGUACUUGCUCCAGCAUGGGUUUCCAAUGUGUGUUCUUUCUGUUGCAGUUCCAAGGAACUAUGACCCUGCACUGCAUCCAUUUGAGGUUGCGCGAGAGUACACGAGAGCUCUGAAUGCCACAAAGCUAGAACGUGUGUUUGCAAAACCCUUUCUUAGUUCACUUGAUGGCCACAGAGAUGGAGUUAAUUGCAUGGCCAAACAUCCAAAAAGUUUGUCUACAGUGCUGUCUGGAGCUUGUGAUGGAGAGGUUAAAAUUUGGAACUUGACCAAGCGACAAUGCAUCCGCACUAUACAAGCCCACGAAGGCUUUGUUCGAGGCAUGUGUGCCCGUUUCUGUGGUACAUCAUUCUUCACUGUUGGUGAUGACAAAACCGUGAAACAGUGGAAAAUGGAGAGCCCGGAAUAUGGAGAAGAAGAAGAACCUAUUCAUACAAUUCUUGGGAAGACAGUGUAUACAGGAAUUGAUCACCACUGGAAGGAACCUGUUUUUGCUACCUGUGGCCAUCAAGUGGACAUUUGGGAUGAACAAAGGACAAGCCCCAAGUGUUCUCUGACUUGGGGUUUUGAUAGCAUAAGCAGUGUAAAAUUUAAUCCCAUUGAGACUUACCUUUUGGGAAGCUGUGCUUCUGACAGGAAUAUUGUGCUAUAUGAUAUGAGAAAAUCAACUCCAUUAAAAAAGGUUAUCUUGAACAUGAGGACAAAUACACUGUGUUGGAACCCUAUGGAAGCUUUCAUUUUUACUGCAGCAAAUGAAGAUUACAACUUAUAUACUUUUGAUAUGCGCUUUCUUGAAUCACCUGUGAUGGUGCAUAUGGAUCACGUGUCUGCUGUUCUUGAUGUGGAUUAUUCACCCACUGGGAAAGAGUUUGUGUCUGCCAGCUUUGAUAAGUCCAUCCGCAUUUUUCCUGUAGACAAAGGUCACAGCAGGGAGGUUUAUCAUACCAAACGAAUGCAGCACGUCAUCACUGUAAAAUGGACUUCAGAUAACAAAUACAUUCUGUGUGGCUCAGAUGAGAUGAAUAUUCGUCUGUGGAAAGCUAAUGCUUCUGAAAAGCUGGGAGUGCUUGCACCGCGAGAGAAGGCAGCUAUGAAUUACAAUCAGAAGCUGAAGGAGAAGUUCCAGUUUCACCCGCAGAUCCGGCGCAUAGCUCAGCACCGACACUUGCCCAAGAGUAUUUACUGCCAAAUCAAGGAGCAGCGCAUCAUGAGAGAGGCUCGGCGGCGGAAGGAAAUGAAUCGUCGUAAGCACAGCAAGCCAGGAUCCGUGCCAUUUGUGCCAGAGAGGAAGAAGCAUAUUGUGGCAGUAGUGAAAUAAUUGUUUUCACAUGUACAAAAUGUCACAAUGAAAGAAAAACGUCACUAUUAAAAGAAUACACUGUACAAAAUUUGAUGGACUUUAGUAAGACAGCAUAUGGUUCCAGAAAUAUGACUUUUCUUCCAAGUUUGUACAUCCUCUGACUUCUCAAGUCAUCAUCUGCUUUGAGUAGUUAGAAUUUCCUACGUAGUCUUUUUUUGCCAUUUGUUUGAUGUUACUGGCCCAACACUGUAUUGCAGUGGUGUUUGACCCUUUUGAUGCAGGUAGAUAACUUGGUGGAGAAUAUCUGCCAUUCCAGUUCUCUUCCUUGGUACUGUUACUACAAAAAAGGAUGAAAUAGGUUAAUAUUUGUCAAAGCAAAAAACCUGCUCCGUACGGAGUUACAAAAAUUAUUGUCCUUAUGCUGUCUUUUUAAAAAAUUUUUAUUUAAACAAAUUUAAUAAAGUGACCUUAAGCAAUGUCUGCAUUAUACUUCUUGCAGUACCAUAUAUUACUUUUAUCCCAAAAGAAAUUCAACAGGAUUUUCAGACACCUGUAAACAUAAUUUUGCCCUGUCUUCUUAACUUGUUGUUGUAUAACUUGACCAAACCUCAGACUGUUAAAUUGUUAAUAUUGAUAACAACUUUGUUGAAUAACUUUUUCUCUUUAAAACCUGCAAAAUCUGGGUGAAAAACGACAUAAAUUUUAUAAACCACAGAAACUCCUUUGGAUGAGAUUUAUUAUAAGCUUUCUAUUUUAUGUUUAUAGAAGGAAAAUGGAAGUUUUACACUUCCAUUCAGAUACCUGCACAAGGUAUCUGUAGCCCAAAGUUCCCUUGCAGUUUGCCUGGGAAACACCCUCCUUCUCUUCCAGUGAGAUAAAUAGCCUUUUGCUGAGGAUACCAAGGUGCUCAGAAAACUGUGCUGGAAUUAUACUAGGCUGUCUAGACUGAAGAGAGAUAUGAGAUAUGUAAUAACCCUUAUGUUAUUAAUAACCCUUAACAUCAUCUGUGCAAAAAAAUCUUUCUAAGUCUUAACACUACUGUUUGUAGUGACAUUCCCCUGGCCCCAGUCUUGUGCACCGCAAAGAAAGAAAAAAAAAAAAAAGAUGAACUCAAUUAGAGCAAACUUAAUACUUUAUUUUUUUAUUUUUUUUUUUAAUCUGGAAAUUGAGCACUUUGAGCACUUGCCUUCAUAUAGUAUCCUGUUUAAUGUAUCUGCUGACACUAAUCCAUAUGCAUUUCUGGUUCCUACUCUUUAACUUGUCUCGUGCAGUACUGUUUGGGCAAAGUUCCUGAAUCAUCAUGGCAAAAUUAUGGCUCUGGUGAUAAGAGGCCAUAAUGUAUCUUUGACUCUCUGGAUCACUUACCUUUAUGGGGUGAUGCAGGAAGAGAAGCAGAUCUGAAGAGCUAUAAGUAGGAUGAUGAGAAGAAGUGGAACAGAUCAGGAAAUAGGCUGAUGCUGGCUGUGUGCCUGUUGUACUAAUACGGUGCACUCCGUGCCAAAUACAGUUUAUUUUCUUCCUGAAAUACUGAAAAAAUUGAGGGAGAAUAUGCAGUCCAAAAUAUGGCUUGUGACACAGCUGUAGUCAAGUCUUGCACAAUUUGCAAAACCAGACUAAUCUCUUGAAAUGUGAUUAAAAAUUUUCAGCCUUGUCAGUUUUGCGUGAGUUGAAGUCGUUGAUUAUUGAUUUGUUGAGUCAUGGUAACCUGUGGUGUGAACAAGCCCUGCUGCUUGGAAUUUACUAGCUUUGGUGCAGAACUGUGAAUGUAGUGAGAACUUUCAGUUCUGAAGCUGGUUAGGUUAUGGUGUGGUAUUGGCGUGGAGCAGUCGGCAUGAGCCAUGUCCAGAGGAUCUCUUCAUGUCCUAAGACCUUUGUGAACUGUUGCUUUCAGACAGGACCUGAGCAGUGCAACUCAAAGGCUUGGCUAAAAAUUGCUAGAAAGAUUGUAACUAUGCUGAAAAAAGGAAUUUUAGUGUUAGGAGGCUACUCAGAGUCUGUGCAUUCAGUUAUGAAUUCCUUUUCCAAAAUCUUUGGAUGUAGUUUUACACAGAGAUUGGUCUUGGCAUCAAGUGGGGCACCCUCUUAGCAUUCCAGGAAAGUCUGUUUUUCCUGGAAAAAAGCCAAGUCUUGCUAUGACUUCUAGAAACAUGAUAGUUGUAAAGUCAGUGCAGGUCUGAUCUGGGGCUUUCUGGUUGGAAAUCAGUCAUUUGGAAUUUUGCGGGUGGUGGCUGCAGUCUGUCAGUUCAGAGGAUCCCUGGCCAUGGAUUUGUAAACUGUUGGGCUAGCUGCUGUUGAUUUAUCCCUUUUGGAAACCCUUACAGUUUGACUCUGAUGCUUUUUGUGGUCAUUCAUCUGAAGUACAUAAUGCCACAAUAUUCAAAUAUAUUUAUUUAAAUGUAGUAGUUGCUGUGCUUGCAAGAAGUGCUCAUGUAAGUCUGUUACAGGCCAUUGCUGAAAUGGUUCAGAAAUUAAAAGAAAGGAGCUGGGGCCCUUAAUAAGUUUUUCUUUGGCAGGGGAUUUAUUAUUUUUUCCCCUCAGUGAUUUGAGAGGUGUAGUCAAAACUCAUCUUAAUCACCUUAAUCGAGUUACCUAUAUUUAUCAAGUGAUGAUAUGGAAAAAAACUAUAGAUACAGGCAUCUGCAUGUAUGCGUACUCAAGUGGAUGCAGAAUAAAAUCCUUAGUACCACAUAAAAUAAUGAAAAUCUAAGGAAACUGGUAGUGUUUCCCUUCAAAAUUUUGGUGUUUUUGGUUAAAGAAAAGAAAGAUGACAGUUUAUUUUCUAAACCAAUGCAUUACCUACAGACCUGCUGGUUAAAAAAAAAAACAAACCAAUAAAUUUCUGUAUAUGUUCUUUCUUUGGGAAGAUACUUGAGUGGUUUGAAAAAAAAUAUUUCUUCAUUGCAUAAAUUCUUAAAACGGUAUUCAUAGCCUUGGUGAAUUUAGCUGUUUCAUGAUACAGCAGCUACGGAGUCAUCAAUGUUUUAUUUCUAUUUUAUCAUAGCCAGACUAUGUAAUGAAACAGAUAUUUGAACAAAGUAAUUUCUUUUAUUCUUCAUACGUUACAGAUACCUAAAACAAACUAAGUGACCACUCAGAUAUGUGUAAAAAUACAAACCUUUUAGAUCAACUGAAAAUUUCAACAGGGUUUUUUUGCCAGUGUCUAUGUGGCCCUUCUUCACUUUGCUUAUGGUGGUAGAAUCCCCUGGUCUUUGGGAUGAGGCUGUUGUGAUUCCUAUAUCAUCAAACUUGUAACAAUAUAAAACAAUAUCUGUGUGCACACCUACACACAAAACAAACAAUAAACACUGCCAGCCACAAAUCCCCAGGGGCAGAGUGCGGUGCCUGUGUUGGCACCUGUGUAAACAAAACUCUGCUGGAUAUUGCUGCUCCAUCCUCUUGUGCAGCUGGCCAGGCUGAGCCUCACCUGUGGCUGUGCACACAGCUGCAGUGGGGCUCUGGCAGCUGCUCUGUGAGACACUCCAGGCAGAGACUGGCAUCCAGCCCAUGUUUCCCCUUUGCAGGCCCCAGGACCUUCAAGUGCCUCAGACAUGUGGUCCUGCUCCAAUGGAUCAUACUCCUGAUGUCCUGCUUGUGGGCUAGUCCCACUGGAGGUUCGCUAACCUUGGCAGGUACAUGCACACAAGACUAGUUAGAAAUAGGGUGCAGUAAUAUGGGAUGACCUGCAGCAGUGCAGUGUAAUUUGUAAACUGUCUACAUGGGACUGGUCCCCUUUAUCCUCUUUGUCCUUUGUUUUUCUCUGCCUCUUUCUCUCCAGUCUACCUUAGUCACUCCCUUUUCACACUUUUGGUGGUUACCUUAAACAUCCCAGGGGAAGUUUGGCACUGCUGCAAUCCACAAAAAAUAUAAUCCUCUAAUAAAUUUUACACAGUCCCUAAAUUCUUAUUUCUCUGUAGUCUUAAAACCUUUAGGUAAUUCCUCAGUUUGCAGUUUUCUAGGGGGUUUCCUACACUUGUUUAGUGGCUUAUGCACUAGGAGCAGUCAUUUGUAUUGUUCCACUUCCAUGUUUUUUGUAUUGGUGAGUCUUGUGCAAGUGCACUUGUGCAAGUGUCAAAUGCACUUGGUUUUUUGCUAAUUGUUCUGAUCCUUGACAGGGCUUUGUGUUUAACCGUAAACUUUAGUCAGGUAACAUGCUCUGUUAUAUGGAAGUAUCUCUGCAGAGCUCUUCCAGCAGCUAGCCCAAGAAUGUGGUGGAGGCAGUAGAAUUCAUCUUGCUUAACCUUAAUGUCUACAGUGCAGGCCCAGUGAACAGCUUUGCACACCUCAUCUCAGUGGAGGUAAAUACUUAUUUCAGGAGGUGUUUAUCCCAUGCUUCAGACAUUUAUAUUUUAGUUAAAAUUUUAACAUUGUGAUGUGAAAUAUGACUAGUUAACUUAUGAGUAUCUGUCUAGGUUUGGACAGAAUUGCACAUAGAGGCAAUUAGGUUUAAGAUGAGAAAAAACAGAGACAAAUGAACACCUUGUGCACCUUCUGCCAUUCUGCACGUAAAAGUCUAAAAAUAUUUGAAGAGAGAUGAAUGAGGUUUUGUAGCUGCAGACAAAGAAAUUCCUGUGGAUAAUGGUUUGUGGGAAACAAGCUCAGUGUUAAACUAGAGAAAGAUGGAAAGGUGUUUGAAGAAGAGGGACUUUAGUCACAAAGAAAAGACUAUGAUGUGCUCACCCAAGACAUGGGACUUUAAAAAGUAUGUAUCGAAUUCUAGGACAAAAUCAAAGAUCACAGUUCAAAUACCACCAACUAAAGAGGGCUGGAAUUGUCAUUGCUUACUACAGUAAAUGAAAAAAAUACACCCUUUCCUUCAGUUGAAGAUAAUGUACUUUAUACACAGUUUGAAACAACUUUAAGGACUUGUUUUCAAAGGUAGUGAGUAAUUACUGUUAGACUAACUUAAGGCAGAGCUGCUGUUUUCCAGUGCCUUCAAAGUUUGAUCUGUGAUCUCUGAAGUUUAUAGAAUACAUAGAGGAAUAUCUUGAGUUUUAAACUUUUUCUUACAUUAAUGAAUGUUAGUAUAGUUAUUGAGUACAUUUUGUUCAGGGCUGGAGCAGUUUCAGCAGGUACAAACAAUGUGUGCACAGUGGGUAGAUGGAAAUUAUCAGGAGCUUAUAGCAUGUUGCAUCAUGUUUUCUACUUUUAUGGCUUGUGUGGGCAAAGCCAAAGAUCUUUCAGCAGACAAAAGAGCAUUGCUGAUUAUUAAGAAGAUAAAUGGAUGGAGAUGGUAUUUUGACUGCCAUUGUAAAAAUGUGAUUAAAAACCAUAAUACCCACAGAUUUAAUAUAGAUUCAGUAGACA